AUCAGAGAGCCGUUUGAUAUUUAAUUUGAAUCGUCGCCAUUCCUCUGAACAGAUCUCUAAUGUCGAAGGAGAAGUUAAUCAUUGAUCUCUGUAGCUCGGACGAGGAAGAAGAAGAUGUUUUCGGUGAUGAGAAUACCUAUGACGAAACGGAAGAAGAAGGAGACGAAGAUACGAAUUCAAGUGAGGAUGAUAGCGAUUGGAGCCACGAUGAUGAUGAUGCUACAGACUCAGAUGUUGAAGCUGACGAGACCGGGGAAAAAGGCGAUAACGAUGAUGGUGGUGAUGAUGACAAAGUCACACGGCUCCUCACAGCCGGAAGCGAUUUGAAAUCUGUAAAUGUGAAAGAGUGCAAAGCAUAUCUGAGAAAGCAUGGUCUAAGAUUAUCUGGCACCAAACCAGUUUGUAUUGAGAGAAUUCUUGAGCACUGGAGGAUUAAAGAUGGAAGCGGAGAAGCAGUGUAUCCAAGAUCAUCCUUUGCUAUCAAUUGUAAAGGUGAUGUCUGCAAAGGAGACGUUGUUUUGUUUACACAGAAGGUUCACCACAAGUAUGAAAAGAUGAAAAGGAGUGGAAAUAUUAUGGGGAGAAGAACUGUUGCUGGCCAGGUUGUUAAAGAAAGCUAUGGUACUGCUAAACAACAACACACUUUCACUAUUCAAGUGCUCUGGUGUGAGGGGACACAGAAAUUGCCACCUUUGUAUCCAUUACUAGUCAAAGGACGAAAUCUUUAUAGGUUAAUGACCUUGAGGCAGCGAUGGCCGAAUGAAAAAGACAGAGUCAAAAUUCUUAACGAAAAGCAUAACCGUGGUGCCGCAGCAAGAAAGGUUAUGAGAGAAAGGAAAAUUAAGUCAGGCUAUGUACUAAAAGAUGGAAGACUUCAAAAGCCUGGUCAUGUGAAGAAGCCUUGUCAAGGACAAGCAUCAUUCAACCCACAUGCCAAUACACACGCUGUGCCGGUUACUCAUCAGAGGAGACCAUACCAGAACCACCAUGUCGGAUCGAACAGUGGCUACAACCUCGGAGUGAGGGACUUGGAUCACUUCUCGCAUAUGAUGAUAAGCCACAGAACAGAAGGAGACACAUACAGGCAGAGUGAGGUCUCUCAAGGACCAUACAUGAACCAUCAGACCUACCAUUCCAACUUCAGUAGUGGCUACAACCAUGGGGCAAGGGACUUGUACAUGGUAAACCACGGAAGAGAAGGAGACAAUCACAGACCAAAUUAUCGAUAACACAAAGUACAUUGUUCUCAGGCCAUAGGAAAGCGUCCUGAUCAUCGGUUCUCAAUCCUUGUCUGUGAUUCGUAAAAAAGCUUUCUAGGCUCAUGAUUCUCUUGAUCAUCCGAUUCUAUUUUGUACAUGAGUGUGAUUCUUGCCUUCACUCAUCUUGGGGGUCAUCAAAGGUUAUUUACCUUGUAAUCAGGAUGGUGUUCUUGGCUUAAUUAUUACUCUAUUGGCUUUAUUCUUUAUUUCUUUAUUACUCAACCCUCACAAGAAUAUUACCAAAUGUUGCAAUAAUUAAUAUUAAGAUAC